AAAAGAAAGGAUAUCACACCUUACAAAAACCAAGAGAGGCUGUUGUUUACUUCCAUUGCCAGUCCUUAACAAAAGAUGGCUUCAUUUUCCUUUCCCAUUACUACUACUGCCUUUGUUCUCUUUCUUCUAAGUCUCACCUCCAAUAUGUUCAACAACUCAGCAGCCAAACAUGGUCAUAAGACUGCCCUUUACCACCACGAAAACAGCUAUUCCUCCUCCAUUAAUAAGGCCAUAACAAACACCAGGCUGCAAAAAGCCUACAUCGCCCUCCAAGCUUGGAAACGCGUUAUCUAUUCUGAUCCAAACAACAUGACCGCCAAUUGGAUUGGCCAUUCAGUCUGCAACUACACUGGCAUUUAUUGCGCGCCAUUCCCAAAUGACACUAAAAUUCAAGUUGUUGCUGGUAUUGAUCUGAACCAUGCUGAUAUAGCUAGUUUCUUACCUGAUGAAAUCGGCCUUCUCAAUGACUUAGCAUUGCUGCACCUAAACAGCAAUCGCUUUUGUGGAAUCCUCCCUCUCUCUUUAUCCCAUCUUACUCUCUUGCAUGAGCUUGAUCUCAGUAACAACAGAUUCGUAGGACCUUUCCCAACUCUCGUGCUCUCUCUUCCUUCCUUAAAAUAUCUUGAUCUUCGCUUCAAUGAGUUUGAAGGGCCCUUGCCUUCUCAACUCUUUAGCAAGGAUCUCGAUGCUAUUUUCNAUUCGUAG